AUGCAGAAAGCUAAUUUUGGAAAUGCUAACAGUUUGUUUUUACUUAGCUGCCAUUUAAAAGAAGAUCAUGGACAGGCAAUAUUCGGUGUAUCUUUCAACCACUUGUUGGGUAAAGAACAGCCAAUGGUAUUCGCCACAGCGGGCAGUAAUCGAUGCAACAUAUAUGAGUGUCCACGCAAGGGUGGCUUAAAACUAAUUAUGUGCUACGCUGAUCCAGAUCCGGACGAAGUAUUUUAUACAUGCAGUUGGUCGUAUGAUUUGAAAACUUCAGCCCCUCUUUUGGCCACGGCUGGAUAUCGUGGCGUUAUUCGAGUCAUUGACAUACACAGAAAUGAAUCGGUUGGAAAUUAUGUGGGCCAUGGGCAGGCUAUAAAUGAAUUGAAAUUUCAUCCAAGGCAAGCGAAUCUCCUACUCUCUGGCAGCAAAGAUCAUGCCAUUCGGUUGUGGAAUACACAGACGCAUGUGUGCAUAGCAAUUUUUGGUGGAGUAGAGGGCCAUCGUGAUGAAGUUCUUUCCAUAGAUUUUGACUUACGUGGAGAACGUAUUAUGUCAAGUGGUAUGGAUCACUCAUUGAAACUGUGGCGCAUUGACACACCCGAGUUUAAGGAGAAAAUUGAUAUGUCGCGCACUUUUAACCCAAAUAAAUCACAGUUGCCUUUUCCCACAAUUAUGCAACACUUUCCCGAAUUUUCCACCAGAGACAUCCAUCGCAACUAUGUUGAUUGUGUUCAGUGGUUUGGAGAUUUUGUUCUCUCAAAGUCAUGUGAAAAUUCAAUUGUGUGUUGGAAACCGGGACAACUACAUCAAACCCUGUCUCAGCUAAAGCCCAAUGACCCUUCGUGCACAAUCAUUAGCGAAUUCAAUUAUGAUGAGUGUGAAAUAUGGUUUGUUCGAUUUGGUUUUAAUCCAUGGCACAAAAUUGUAGCCCUGGGGAACCAAUAUGGCAAGGUAUACGUUUGGGAAUUGGAUCCUUCUGAUCCGAGACAUACACAUUCCAGUACAUUGAAUAACAUUCGAUGCACAUCAAUUGUGCGGCAGACUGCAUUUUCUCGUGAUGCUACUGUGCUUGUGUGGGUUUGUGAUGAUGGCACAGUAUGGCGUUGGAAUCGGCGAAAUGCAGAAGUACACACACCAUGA